AUGAGUAAGCCAUUCCGUAUCAUUCAACUGAACGUGAGAAAACAAGGCACUGUGCAUGACAGCUUGAUGAAUGACGAACAAACUCGAGACGCAGCGGUGUUAGCGAUCCAAGAACCCCAAGCGAGGAGAAUUCACGGCAGGCUCUUGACGACCCCGAUGGGACAUCACAAGUGGACGAAGAUGGUUCCUUCUACCUGGAGGGAAGGCAGAUGGGCGAUCCGAAGCAUGCUUUGGGUCAAUAAAGAGAUAGAAGCGGAGCAAGUGGCUAUAGAAUCGCCGGAUCUGACAGCGGCGGUCAUCCGGCUCCCCGAGCAACUGAUUUUUAUAGCAUCAGUUUACGUCGAGGGGGAGAUGCCUCAGCAUUGA